GCCGAAAAGACAGUAGUGACCGAGACAUUGGUCUUGCUUAAGGAAGGGGAGGUCAUAGAUCUAACCGGUAGAACGGGCGACAAGGUAAAAAAGGGGAUUGAAAGUUUACAUGAGCGGGUGCACGGAGCCGACAACAAGAUUGAAAGGAUGGAGAGUGCACUAUUGGUUAUGCAGGCGCAAGUAUCCAGACCCUCCCCCCCUCCCAAGGAAGCCGUAGUUCCGCCGGGUGUAGCCAAUCGGGGAUUUGGACGGAGAGAUCCUGCUAGCGAGCAAUGCAAGUACUGCGCCGCGGUGGGACAUUAUGUACGCACAUGUCCAAAGCUCAACCAUGAUAUAUUAAAAAGGAGAUGUACCAGGUCGUUAAAGGGGGAGAUAUUCGGGCCACAGCGAGAACGGGUGAACUGGAACUCGCCAGGGGGAAUACGGCGAGCCGUUAUCAUGCUCAAUGGGCUAGAGAUAGCGGUCGUAGAAGCUGAGCCGGUGGUCGAUAUCAUCUGGGAGCAACUACGGGGGCGCGGGCUGCAGGUCAACUUCAUUAUGGAAAAUGACGGAGGUGAUAGGGUGAACGCGACUACUCGGCUAGGGACGGCUGGGAGAAGGAUUAUCCGUGACACCGUGAUGGAGGAGGUUGUCGGGAGUUCCGUACCCCAGGCAGAACUUGAGGCCGGGGAACCAGAGAAAGUUUAUGGGAAACCUAGGGAAGAGGAACCCACGGACAAAGUUACCGCCGCCAAAAAGGAGUUUAGGUAUCAGAUUCCGAUCUUAACCCUGCCGGAGAUCGAUGACACCGUUAGCAAACUACUAGGGACCAUGGUGUCGGUGUCGUUUCAGACCAUGUUGCAGGCCAGCCUUAGGUUGCUCAAAGGGCUUAAACAACUGUUGACCCAGCGGCGAGUAGACAUCGACGAAAACCCAGAAUCACCGGAGGAGGAAAGAGAGGAGGAAACUCCACAAGAAGUCGCUAACCUUCAGAGGAGUCACGGGGAUUUGGAGGAUCUCGAGAAAGUAUUUGCAGACAUCCGCCUUAGCUUGCUGGACCGAAAGGGUGGCGAGGUCAUGAGGGCUCCAUCCAGGACAAAGCUUAGUUUUUAUGCGCUGCCCGUAGGGAAACUGAAAAUCCAGAUCGAGACUCAUCAUACCGAUGCAUUAGUAGACGGGGGAGCGAAAAUCACUCUCAUAAGGACGGAUUUCGCAACAAUCACGGGUUGUACGGUGAACAAGGAGGUAACAGGAAGCAUCCGGGGAGCCGGUGGGGAAAUCCCGCUCGCUGGAGAUGACGAGGGCAAUUCCGGCCGUUCAUUUUUUAGGAGAAAGAUCCCGGAAGGAAGUGUUCGAAAAUACAAGCCGGUAGGGAAGAAAGCAAAGUCUGUCUCGAUCCUGCUAGAGAUAUCAAAGGAAGAGGCUAUGGAGAGGGAGGAGGAAGUCAUUCGAGUGAUCCAAGAGAGGAGAGCGACGGAAAGGCAUCGGAUACCAGAUAAGGUAGCUGACACAAUGAAGAUAGGGAUAGACGGAUUCUUAACGGAAGAAGAAACCCGCCUGAUCAAAAGAACCUGCCAGGAGUUUCACCUGGCAUUUGCCUUUAGUGAUCACCAAAAGGGACGACUGGAUGCGAAGCUGAUCCCUCCGGUCACAAUCCACAUGGUGGAACAUGAGUGCUGGAAUGACAAGGGUCCAUCCUAUAAAUUUGGGAUAGCAGGGGAAGUGACAGACCUCCUCCGAGCAAAGAUGGACUCUUUCGUUGCAAAACCUACGGCGUCGCCGUACGCAAACCGGUGGCUCGUCUUUCGGAAGCCUAACAAGAUACUAAGAUGGAUUCAGGAUCUGCAGAAGUUAAAUACGGUAACCAUCCGGGAUGCUGACUCGCUACCUCAGGCUGACUUAUUGGCAGAGUCGCACGCCGGUCGGAGCAUUUACUCCUUGAUCGAUCUGUACUCGGGGUACGACCAGCUCCCACUGGAUGUUCGGGACAGGACGUACACGGCAAUGUACACCCCCGUGGGGCAGUUGCAGAUGCAGGUGACCCCUAUGGGCUUCACAAACGUGGUAGCCGAAGCACAACAAAGAAUGCUCACCGUGGCCAGGGAGAUGUUUCCAGAUAAGUGUGAGCCCUACAUCGAUGACAAUCCGAUCAAAGGCGCGCAGGAGAAGGAUGAGACGGAAGUCCGACCAGGAAUCCGAAGGUUUGUAUGGGACCACCUGGAGGACAUCAAGGACUUGCUCUGCCGGUUCCUAGUAUACAACAUCACGGCUAGCGGACCAAAGAGUAUUCUAGCAGUACCAGAAGUAACUAUACUAGGAUUUCGUUGCGGUGCUUACGGAAGGAAACCAGAUCUGGCAAAGACCGACAAGAUAUCACAGUGGCCGACGCCACUGCGCACGACAACGGAGGUAAGAGCAUUUAUAGGCGUGGUUAACUUUUGGAGGAUCUUCAUUAAGAAUUUUGCCAAGAUUGUUGAGCCUAUCCGAGCUAUGAUCAAAGAAGAAGGAACCAUGGAUUGGAUGGAGGAGCGAGAAGGAGCCGUCCAAAAACUUAAGGACAUAUUGACAUCUGAGACAGUCGCCUUAUCCGCACCUUGUUUUAAUGAUGAAGUGGGACGACCUUUCAUCCUAGAAACGGAUGGAGGACCCUUGGCCGUAAGGGGGGUACUGAUUCAACGGGAUGAGGAAGGAAAUGAGAGGCCAAUUAGGUUCGAAAGUAGAACCCUGAACUCCGCAGAGCGGCGGUACUCACAGUUCAAGAAGGAGGUCCUAGCCAUCUUGCACUGCCUUAAGAUCUUUCAGGCCUACCUAUUUGGGAGGUGGUUCACCCUUAGGAUCGAUCCGACAAAUGUCGCAGGGGCCCUAAAGAAUUACAGGCCUAUAGAUCCGGCGGUGAGGAGAUGGGUAGGAUUUAUUUGGCAGUUCGAUUACAGAAUCGAACGGAAUGCGGGAAUUAGGAACAAGGUUGAUGGACUGAGCCGGGUCUACAUCACUCCCGCAGGGGUGGAGGAUGCGGAGCUCAUAGACGCAUUCCUUGAAUACGAAGAAGGAACUUUUGCGGUGGAUAACAAAAUGAUGGGCGAAGAAUGCACGUCGGGAGAACUAUUGAUCCGGACUUUGGAGAAGGGGGUGUCUGCCAUAAUAGCGGAACUUGAUAGUAGGACCGAAAGAGGAACUAAUAUCAAUGGCGGUUGAGGGAGGCCGGGAAGUCGUGAUGAGCAUAGUGGAAUCUUGGGAAAGGAAAGAGUUGCAAUGGGUGGUAAACCAGAUGCAGGAAGGAAAGUAUGAGGACCAGGAAGGGAAGGAGUUUUUCUAUGCCCAGUUAUACGAAGGGCUCUUUCGGGAGAUCGGGUUGUUGCUGGUAGAAAACAAACAACCUACGGAAGU